ACAACAGCAACCUCCAACACACAAGCACCUCAUCUGCUCAUCAUCAGUUCACCGGCCGUCGUCGAGAUGAAGCCCGGCACCGAGCCGGCCACCGGCGUCCCCGUCGGCGGCGCACCCGGCGCCCCCACCGCCUGGUCCUCCGGCCUCUUCGACUGCUUCGACGACUGCGGCCUCUGUUGCCUGACCUGCUGCUGCCCGUGCAUCACGUUCGGGAAGGUGGCGGAGAUCGUGGACAGGGGCGCCACGUCGUGCGGGACGAGCGGCGCGCUCUACGUGCUGCUGGCGUCGCUCACGGGGUGCCACUGGAUCUACUCCUGCACCUACCGCUCCAAGAUGCGCGCCCAGUACGCGCUCCCGGACGCGCCAUGCUGUGACUGCUGCGUUCACUACUGCUGCGAGCCCUGCGCGCUCGUGCAGGAGUACAAGGAGCUCAAGGCCCGCGGCUACGACCCAGAGAUCGGCUGGCACCUCAACCAGGAGCGCCGCAACGGCGCAGCCGCCGGUGCCGGGGGCGUCAACCCGCCAGGCAUGCAGGAGAUGGGCCGCUGAUGGAGCUCGGCUGCUUAUUGCCUUGCUCUACGUGUGAAUGGAGGAUGGAUCGGGCAGGCGUUCUUUCGUGCUUUGUAAAUUCUUGCUUAGACUUUGUUAAGUUCAUAAUGUGGAGGGGUUAUGUUGUAUGGUGAACGUGUGUACUUUUUUCUUCUUCUUUGCGAUGGCAGAACGUGUGUGCGUUAAUGUCGCUCUGAAUUUGAUCAUUGUAUUUGUAUGGCUAGCCAGCCAGUAGAGCCUCUGGUUUUGAAUAAAAAAUCGUGUUUGCUA